ACAGCAUCGAUCGAAACACAAGUUUUUCUUUCAAGAACCAACCCCCCCCAAGUCUCACCGCCAUAAUAUUUCGUUAUAUUUUUUCUUAACUCCAAACCCUAAUUUUUUUCCCCCUCUUUCUUUCUUUUUUGUUCUUAAUUUCAAACACACUGUGAAUGAAAUAAUCUUGAUGGACAUUUCUGAGUUUUUAAAUUUUGAUAAUCUCGAAGAGGAGAGUCGACCUGUUAAAUCGGAGUCGAAUCUUGGUGGGCAUAAUUAUAGUGAUGCCCCGCCGCAUAAAAAGUCCAAGAUUCAGGGUGUAAGACAAGAUGCUGAAGAAAACUGGAGCUCUAGUGGUGUAAGUGUGUUGGAUCAAGAACAAUCACUAGUAGAUGACGCAAACCUUUGUUCAACAUCGCCAGUGUGUGCUGCACCGGUUUGUAGACAGUUUUGGAAAGCUGGAACCUACAAUGAUGAUCUUGCUCCUAAGUCAACAACUAAAUCGGGUUCUAGUUAUCUACACAUACACCCAAAGUUCCUUCACUCAAAUGCUACUUCUCACAAAUGGGCAUUUGGUGCCAUAGCCGAGCUUAUUGACAAUGCGGUGGACGAGAUACAAAAGGAGGCUACAUAUGUAAUUGUAGAUAAAGUAAUAAGCCCAAGAGAUGGAAGUACAGGCUUGCUAAUUCAAGAUGAUGGCGGUGGGAUGGACCCAGAAGCGAUGCGCCAUUGUUUGAGCUUUGGGUUUUCAGAUAAGAAGUCAGAGUUUGCAAUUGGGAAGUAUGGAAAUGGCUUCAAGACCAGUACUAUGAGGCUUGGAGCAGAUGUGAUAGUUUUUACCCGCUACUUAACUGGAAGUUCAUUGACCCAAAGUAUUGGACUUCUAUCAUAUACAUUUUUAACUCAAUCAGGCUAUGACAGGAUAGUAGUCCCAAUGGUUCACUACGAGUGGAACUUUAUGACAGGCACUUUUGAUCCCCUAUAUCCACAAAGUAAUGAAAACCCAAACUCAAACCUAUCUGUCAUCUUGAAAUGGUCUCCAUAUUCAACAGAAGAGGAACUAUUGAAGCAGUUUGAAGAUGUUGGUUCUCACGGAACAAAAGUCAUUAUAUACAAUUUAUGGCUUGAUGAUGACGGGAAUUUGGAGCUUAAUUUUGACUCUGAUCCUGAGGACAUCCUUAUUACCUGGGAUGGAAAAGGUAAAAUGAAAGAAGGUUCCCGUAAGGCAGCGACAGAUCAGCACAUCUCUAAGCAGCUUCGUUAUUCUCUUCGUACAUACCUAUCCAUCUUGUAUCUAAAAUUACCCGAGACUUUCACAAUGGUACUGCGAGGGAAAGUUGUUAUGUAUCAUAAUAUUGCUAACGAUCUGAAGCACACGGAAUAUAUCUUGUAUAAACCUCAAAGUGACGGACGUUCGGAGGGUGCGGUGGUUACAACGAUAGGCUUUGAUAAGGAGGCUCCAAAUGUGAGCAUCCAUGGUUUUAACAUCUACCAUAAGAACCGUUUGAUACUGGCAUUUCAGCCUGUUGUCCAAUAUGCUGACAGUCGAGGCAGAGGUGUUGUUGGUGUUCUUGAAACCAAUUUUAUUGAACCAACUCACAACAAACAAGAUUUUGAGAAAACCUCUGUUUUUCAAAAACUUGUGACCCGUCUGAAAGAAAUGACAUGGGAAUACUGGGAUUAUCAUUGUGGACUGAUUGGUUAUCAAAUUAAGAAAAAGGCGCGCCCCCCGUCUGCAACUAGUUUUGUGCAUCAGCAUCUUGUUGAUCGUUGUAUUAGUAGGAAAGGCUUAUCUAGUUCUGUCCCCAAUAAAAAACCUCCGUUUAUAGCUACUUUAAACAGCAAGGCUGCUUUUUCUUCUCGUUCCCCACCUGUAAAACCAGUGGAGUUAAUAUCAAACUUCCCUCCAGGUUUUAAAGAAGGGUCAAAUUUGAAAAGGAAGUUGACAGGCGACUCUCAAAGUUUCCGGUCGGAUCCCCAUAUGGGGAGUGGCCUUGUUGAUGUCAACUCUAAUCUGACACAUUUGGGAAACAAUGGAGGGGCAUUAAGCGUGAUAGAUGAAAACAGAAAGCUCAAAGCCCAAUGCUUGGAGUUUGAGAAGGUAGAAGAAGAACUUAAGCACAAGGUUGCAUUGCUUAAAACGGAAUUGGGAGAUGCACAAAUGGAGUAUGAUCGUUUGUUGAGUGAAUUGCAGGUCCUGGAGAUUGUGAAGGGUGAAAACUAACUGGAUUAUUAGGUGUAAAGUUUUGUGUUUUGUUAGUUCAUUUAUUAGGUCUGUUACUUGGGUAAUCCCUUCGUUGGAAGAUUCCUGCAUUGUUCAGAUCCGUAAAAGAUUUGACGCUUUUGACCUUGGACGUUUGAUCUUGAAGGUAUUGCCCACAUGACAACAUUUCAAUCUGUAAUGUUUUGAUGUUUGUAAAAUUUAGGCAGUAAAACUAACAUGAGUUAUUGAUGUUUUUGUUCUACUUGGUAUGGAAUUUUUAAAGCC